UGCUAGUUGCAUUUUUCAUGCCGCGUGUAUUCAGUUGUGUUUUUAUAAUUUCUUAAAUUCUUUAUCAAUGAAAAUAUUUAAUUUUUUAAAAUAGGUAUUUUACAUCAAGAAGCUAAAAUUUCUAGUUUUACAAAAAAUUUAAAAUAAUCGUAUUUGUAAAUGCGCGCGGUUGUAAUUUUGUAAAAAAAAAAUGUGAGGUUAGGUUAAGUUUUCAAAACAUUGGAAAUAAAAUUUAAAUAUCUAAAAACUAUGUUAAUAAAUUAUUAUUUAAAUUAUUACUAAUUAUACAAAGUACGUUUCUUAUUUUUUUUAAAAUUGUUUUAUUUACGUUAAUUAUUAUUUUGUUAAUAAAAAAAAACUAAUGAUCUUGACACAUCAAGUUGAAAAAUGGCAAGAGUAGUUAAUAUUUUAAAAACAGUAAGAAAUAAUUGGAAAAAGUCAUUAGUUGGUGCAGCAGCAUUUUCCUAUGGUGUUAAUUAUGGGAUAGAUGCAUAUGAAACUCAAAAAAUGAUGAGAGAAUUUUGCGAAGAAGCUGUAAAAUAUGGAGAUAUUCCGAUUGCUCCAAAAGCUCAACCAACACAUAUGACAGUUAUUUUAAAUCCUGUUGCCAAAAAAAGGAAAGCAAAAAAAUUAUUUGAAAAAUAUUGCGAACCAUUGUUACAUUUGGCGGGGAUUGCAAUAACAAUAAUUCAAACUGAAUCGGAAAAUCAAGCGAGAACAAUUGUCGCUAAUUUAAAUACACGAACUGAUGGUAUAAUUGUUGCCGGAGGUGAUGGAACAUUGUCCGAUGUUAUUACAGGAUUAAUGAGAAAAUAUCAGAUAAAUGUCGGUUAUGUUAGACAAUGUCCCGUUGCUGUAUUACCAUUAGGUUUGACAAAUAGAGUUGCUGAUUCGUUGUUUAAUCGAAAUAAUGAGACAUCAGAAGUUCGAGCACUUGCUGAAGCAACAAUGGCAAUUGUCAGGGGAAAUACAACAUUAUUUGAUGUUAUUGAAGUCACGACACUAGAGAAUAAUGAGGAAAAUUCUAUAAAACCAGUUUAUGCAGUUGGUGCCAUUGAAUGGGGAGCCUGGAGAGAUGCGCUUUCUCGAGUCGAUAAAUAUUGGUAUUGGGGUUCCUUACGAAAAUAUGUGACUUUUAUUUUUAAUGGACACAAGAAUGAUAUAAAUUGGAAAUGCGAUGGUUUAAUUCGCUAUUCAGAUCCUUGUGAUGGCUGUUCACGUUGCUAUCAAGAACAAAAUUCAUCUGUUGAAACAUCGUCACGAAGAUGGUGGCAUGCUUUUAUUCCUCGACAAAAAACUGCACAUUCUGAUCACAAACACAUGGAUUACAGUAAAGUGGAUAAUGAAAAUUGUGGUGUCUUCAAAGAAAUUCCAAUUUCGUCAACGGAACUUUUUAUAACAACAAAAAAUGUUCGUCGAAAAAAUGAAGAUACUGAUAAUGGUGUGAAAUUGGAACUUGGCCCACCUUCAGUAAAUUAUACUGAUUUUGUAACAGAAGGUUGGCGACGAAUCAGUGGAAAGAAACAAUUGCCAGAAAAAGUUUUCAAUGCAAAAGACAUUGAACUUCAUCCAGAUAAAGAUGAUUCUUUCGAUGACAAAAGUCGAAUGUUUUACAUUGACAAUGAAGAAUUUGAGUUGAGACCAGUUAAAAUUCGACUAUUAUUGCGUUCUAUUAAAAUGUUUUGUCCGCAAAAUGGAAGUUGAUAAUAUAAAAAAUAUAUUUAAUUUCAAGUAAGUAA